UUUACACUAGCGCUUGGGCUUUUGUCGCGGUCUAUCCAUGCAGUGUGUAACAGGGCGACAACCUGACUUCUCUUUGGGCUUUGCAAUGGGUCCAAAACAGUCGAUGAAUCGUUGUAAAAAUGCCGAUCUGCACGGGUUUUAACGUUAAAUGAGUUCGGAGUUGAAGACAACCAAGCGGGAUACACUGGACUUGGACUUUCAUGUUGCAAGGGAAGAGAAGAUGGUUACACGUUGUUGUUCCAAACCAAAGUCAAUGCUCUAAAGGAUAGCGUAUAUUUGAUUUGGGGUAUGUCAGCAGGCAUUGAACUAUAAGGGAUGUUUUGUUGAAUUUGAGUUCGAAGAAUGUCUUUGUUUAUAUGUAUGAUAUAUUCCCGUCGUUUAGAUGAUGACUAGAUAGACGAGGAGGAUAGAUAGGAACACUACCGAAGCUCUUUUCUCAGUCAUUGCCCAAUUUAUCCAAGUGGAGCUAUGACGUGUAUUAAAGACUGUAAAUCAUCUGUGUCCUUUUAACCUGGAAGAAAUAGAGUCCAGCGUGCACCGCCUCUCAAUUUUACUAUUUACCCACCCGAGAGAACCCACCGGUUGUGGUGACAUAACCAUUCUCGGUGCCACCAUGGAUCUACUUGAGUGCCCUAUUUGCUUAUUCCUCAUGUGUGAACCGGCCACCAUGUCUUGUGGUCACUCGUUCUGCCGAAGGUGCCUGGGAAACUCUUUGCCAUCCAGGUGCCCAGCCUGCAAAGAGAGGUUUAAACAGAAAGACACCAAAAACAUUAAGAACAACGUCCUGCUGUUCAGUGUCGUCGAGAAGUGCUGCCCAGAAGAGACGAGGAUGAAGUGCAAUAUCUUAGAGAAACUCAAAACCAGCGAGUACACUGAAGCUUUACGCAUCGUUGACGAAGCGAUACAGCUAGCUCCUGCUGAUGUGAGUCUGAAGUUGUGGAGAGCGGAAGCAAGUGUGGGUCUAACAAGGUUCUCCGAGGCCCUGAAGGACCUGGAAGAGCUCUGCUACCUCCGCCCUAACUGGACAGAGGGUUUCUUUCGUAAAGGGAAUGUGUUACUGGAGAUGGGCUUUCAAACUGAAGCACUGAUCCAGUUCCAUCGCUGUCUCAAGCUACAAUCUGACUUCUCUCCUGCAAAGAGCCAGAUUAAAAAGAUACUGGAGGCGGAGGGGAUGUCAGUGCCAGAGGAGGUGCCCCGGAUUCUCCAGGUGGUCUCGGAAUACAUUAAAGAGCCCUGCCCUCCCAUCACCAGCCUCUCCCCGGCAGCACCCACACACAGCCAGACACACCCCCAAGGAUGUCCCCGAGGCCCAAAGGAGGAAGAGGUGGACAGGAGAGACUCUGAGGCUGGGUCCAAGGUGAAGCACGGGACCAGCACUGAAUGCUGUCUCAGUCUCUGUCAGGCCGUGUCCUUCCUACCUACGGCUGAGGAUGACGAAGAGAUGAUGAUGAUGAGGAAGGAGGACCGCCAAAGCAGGGGGAGCUGUAGUCUGGACAGAGGAGAUUCCCUGAGUGUCCUCACCGUGUCUGACUUUGAAUGUCCCCUCUGCAUCAGGCUUUUCUAUGAGCCCGUCACCACACCCUGUGGUCACACGUUCUGCAGGACCUGCCUGGAGAGAAGCUUGGACCACAACCUCCGCUGUCCCCUCUGCAAACAGCCACUACAGGAAUACUUUAAGAACAGGAAGUACAACCCCACAGUUCUGCUGCAGGAGAUUGUAUCCCGCCUCUUCCCUCUGCAGCUGGCCGAGAGGAAGCUGGUCUAUGAGGCCGAGAUGGCCGAACUAUCCAAUUUGACUAAAGACAUCCCUAUCUUUGUGUGUACUGUGGCCUACCCGGGUGUCCCCUGUCCUCUACACAUCUUCGAGCCUCGAUACCGCCUUAUGAUGAGAAGGUGCAUGGAGACCGGCACCAAGAAAUUUGGAAUGUGCAGCUAUGAACAUGGAAAAGGGUUUGCAGACUAUGGCUGUAUGUUGGAGAUCCAUAGCCUGGAGCUGCUGCCUGAUGGCCGCUCUUAUGUGGACACUGUCGGGGGCAGUCGCUUUAGGGUCCUGAAGAGAGGCCAGAGGGAUGGAUACCACACUGCUGAUAUAGAAUACCUAGAAGACCACAAGGUGGAGGGGUUAGAGUUGGAGGUGUUGCAGUGUCUCCAUGACAGCGUGUAUGAGCAGGCCCAGGACUGGUACACACGCCUCAACACACGCAUCCGAGAGCAGAUCACCAGACAGUACGGACCCAUGCCUGACAAGGACAGCGACAUACAGGCUUCUAACAACGGUCCUGCCUGGUGUUGGUGGUUGUUGUCCGUUCUCCAGCUGGACCCUGCCUACCAGACCACUGUCCUGUCCUUGGCCUCCCUCAAAGACCGACUUGGACAUCUCCGCCUUGUCCUGGAGUACUUCUCACAGAGCUAGAGGGCAGGGGACACAGGGUCAGGGCUACUACUGGGGGAGUGAUGUCUAUUCAGACUGUGCCCUACCCACAGGACAAGAGAGCCCCUAGACACUGGAAUAACAGAAAACACACACACACGCACACACACACAGAGUGAGUACUUGACAGGCACAUCCAGUAGCUGCGGGUCACCACCCCAUAUCCUGUAUCUUCUGGAUGAUGAUGAUGAUGAUGUUGUUGUCCAUUUUGGAGAUGUUUCUCUCUGGGUUUAGGCCCCGUUACUAUGGAGAUUGUACGUCCCUCCUCCAACCUCUUUCGUGGUCACGAGCAGAGAGAGACAGCUCUAUAAAUAAUGUUAUUUUUUAACGGCUACGUCCUAGGCGAAUACCAAUUUAUAGCCACUUGGGAAAGAGUUGUUUUAGUGUUUCUUUACAGUAACUGUGAUUCUGCCAGAGUUGGGGUUGUUUUUUAUUAUCUUGUUUUGUUGAUGAUGUGCUCUGAAGAUCUAGAUUAAGUUUGAGACUUCAGGCUGUACUGCACUAUGGUUGGCUGUACCUCUAACAACGCACAACCAAAGAUGCAGUCAGGUCAUGUCACGUCAGACAUCUGUCUUGUGAAAUAGACAAAGAUAUCAACUCGCCUUGUUCCUAUUUCUACUAGCUAAGGGAUAAAGACCUGGUGGCAAUGUCUCAAAUAGCCACUAGAUGCCAGUGUUCUCACUCCUGAUUCUCCCAAUCAGCCAGGCAAAAUUGAUCUGCUAUUUACCAUGCCAACCAGUUGCAUGAAUGAUGUAAGCAGCAAUGCCAGUGUCAGGCGAUCUGAUUUGUGUGAUUCCUAUGGGUUUACAGUACUUGAUGAAAGAUCUAAAAGGAGAGAGCAUCACAGUGUGGUGGAGAAAACCCUGAGAACACUCAGUCUUCACAGAGCUGAAAAAUGUACUUAUUGGAUAACGCACAGUAUGCUUUUAGAAGACUUGGGCUAUGGUUAUGGAUGGUUUCGAAUAGUACUGUUGAUUUUAAAAUGUUGGUAAGUUCCUGAUUGUGACAACCACAAUAUACUGAAUAUCAAUUAUCUAAUCACAAAUUGCUAGAGUACAUUCGAAUCACACAUUAUUGUUUUGGAUUACUGUCACUGCAGUAUAAUUAGUAUUGCCAUAAGUAUAUCUAAAUCAUCGUUAACAAUAUUAAAUUGGUUGUAAAAUUACUGUAUUAUUGCAAUAAUGAUCUAUUAUGUAACGUAAAGGAAAAGCUGCCUCUUUCUGAUUCUAUUUCUGAAGUAUUAGUGACGAACACAGUUGGAAGAUGUAUAGAACCCUGCAGAAUAAUUUGCUUUUGAUUAGGCCCCAACAGAACUACCUAAUAGGAAUCCCUGAUAAGAAUUGCCAGUCGGAGAAAGGGUAGGACAGAGAGAGAGAGACAUAAAAACAAAGAUAUGGAGGGAGGGAGAGAGAGGGAAAGAGAG